AUGGCACCCGUUGCCCCCGACGGCGUGGCUAUCCAGCCUCACAAGACCAAGGGCCGCGCUCUGCACACCACCAAGACGGUCGCUGCCGGCGACGUCAUCGCCGUCUUCACGCCGCUGCUUCUCCUCCCCUCGCUCUCGCACCUCACCACCGUCUGCUCCUUUUGCCUGCGCGCCGGCACGCCGCGGCCGUGCUCGCGCUGCCGCGCCGCCUACUACUGCGACGCGCGGUGCCAGGCGGCCGCGUGGUCGGGCGGGCACAGCCUCGAGUGCGCGGCGCUGGUCCGCGCCGUCAAAUCGUCCAAGAAGCGGCGCGAGAUCCCCACGCCGGUACGGGCGCUGGUCAAGGUGCUUCUGAGCUGUGGACAGCCAGAGGACCUGAGCAAGAACAUGGACGGUUUGGAGGGCCAUGUCGCGGAGAGAAGGCGGGAGCCGGGGUGGGCGGACAUGGAGAUGAUGGCCAUGGGAGGCUGUGCGUUUGCGGGGAGGGAGACGAGCGAGGAAUCAGUACGCCAGGCUGUUGAGAUUUUAUGCAAACUUCAAACAAAUGCUUUUCACAGAUUCGACGCCGACUUGGGGCAUGUAGGCAUCUUCCUCGAGCCUACACUAGCCAUGGCCAACCACUCCUGCCUCCCCAACGCCUUUGUUCAAUUCGUAGGGAGAGCCGCUGUUUUGCGCGCAGAGUCUCGCAUUCAAAAAGGUGACGAGAUUGAAAUCUCCUAUACAGACUAUACAAGCUCCCUCGGCAAGCGCAAAGCCGCGCUCGCGCCCUACAAUUUCGAAUGCCGCUGCCGACGCUGCACUCAGGACCUCUGCGUCUACCAGGCUAGCGCGCACUAUCGCGACUACAUGCUCAAUGAAGACAGCAUCCUCGGUGACGGCACCAAGCUGCAGACGCACCCGGCCGUCAGCACGCCCGCCAAGCAAGCAAUCGCCCGCGCCGCCGCGGCGCUACACUUCCAGCCCAUGCCCGCCGCUCUCGCUGAGCGGCGUCCCGUCUUGGCGAAGCAGCUAUCCGACUGCAAGAGCCUCGUCGCGGCCGAGCUGUGGGCCGUGACGCCGCUCCCGCAGACACUCACAGAACUGGCCAUUUACUACGCUGAGAAGCAAGACUACGCGUGCGCGCUGGCCGUGGCGGCGUUAAUUACGCGCGACUGCGAUCCGUACCGCUUUCCAGCGCCGUUUCAUCCCGUGCGCGCCAAAAACAUCUUCAUGAUGGCCAAGCUGCUCUCCAACACGGCCGCCGAGACAGCGCUAGCGGAGCAGCAAGGGGGUGGGACGGUGCAGAUUUCCGCGCGGGACAUGGAAAAGGCCGACGUGGGGAGGAGGUUGCGGGAUGCUCUGCGCGACAUUGACCAGGUGUCGCUGGCGCAGAUGCUGCUGUUCAUGGUGCUGGACACGGCGCCGGCGCCGCACCUCGCGGCGUGGGAGCUGGCGCAGCAGGCGCGCGAGGUCCUGGCGGGCAUCGCGGAGCUCAAAGGUCGGGAGAAGGAGCUGAGUCUGAUUGGACUGUGGCGCAAAGAUCCCCAGAGCGACAGAGCGCAGGCGUUCUUUGAGUAUGGCGUCGGGCAGCAGGUUGAUAUACUGGCGGACCUGGGGCGGGAGGUGCUCAGGGAAGAUUUUGGCCUGUAG